AUGAAGAAUAAAACGCUGUUAAGUGGUUACGAUCUGGACGUGUAUGGACUGGACAACGGUCAGUUUUAUCUGAUACAUAUACCAGCUAUGACAUGUAUUGCCUUGAGUUUUAUAUCGGCAAUAUUAGUUCUUACAUUUUCAUUCAAAUCUCAAAACAUUAAAACUUUUUUCUCUUGGACUAAAAGUGAGCGAUUUGUCGUCUACUUGGCAUUAUGUGACGGGUUGUUCAACAUUUGUCAUACCCUUGACCACGGACAUAUAGUGCUGACCAGGAACCAUGUGUAUCCGCUGGCACUUUGCCAGUUUUAUGGGUUCAUGUUGGCCGAAUUUAUAACAGCGCAAAAUCUGCUCGUAAAUAUCGCUGCUAUCAAUGCCUUUGUCUUGAUAUUUUUUCGGAAGCAUAUCUCUUUCGGGAAAUAUGACUGGAAAUUAUUAUUGUGGACAUUCGGAAUGCCUUGUGUUUGUUCAACUGCUGCAGGUAUUGCCGGACAGCUGGGACCAAAUGGAGCAUUUUGCUAUUUUGAUGGUGUCAAGGGCGUAAUUACCAACAUUUUCUUCACCACUGUUCCUCUCCUGCUCGUCCUAGCCAUCAACAUCAUCAUGUAUGUCCUCACCUGGACAAGAAUCCGCUCCGAGGCCAAGAGGAUCAAAGGCACUGUCGGUAAAAACGCGUCCACAGUGGCGGCAUCUCACAGAGCUGCCAAGUCCAUGUCUUUGUUUGUCAUGGCUUUCUUCAUCCAGUGGUGGGCAAUGGCGUUCUAUGGAGUGUGGCAACUUAUAGCCGAGGUACCACAAGCCAUCUUCCAAUUCGUUACCACGUUCUCCAACAUUGGAGGAAUCUUGAAUGGAAUAGUGUACAUCAUCAUCAAACGAAGGAGGCGGACGGCACCGGCAGAAACGGACGAUCAGACAGUUCAGACACGUGUCUCAGAAAGUAGGCACCCGAGGCCAGGAGUGAUAACUACAGCAUGA